AUGGUCACGUGGCAAGCCGUGGACGGUGUGCCUAAUGACUUUCACAUAGCUCACUAUGGUUCAUUUGCCCUGGGUGGUGCCGGACUAGUUAUGGUAGAGUCAACCUCUAUAGAGCCCAGGGGGCGAAUCACACCGGCCGACACCGGUAUCUGGAAUGAUGAACAGGUGGAGGGUUGGCGUCGAAUCACAACUCUCCUCAAAUCGCUGGGAGCUGUGCCGGCCAUACAACUGGCUCACGCGGGACGUAAAGCCAGUACACCGAUAAUGUGGGCUAACACCAAGGUCUCAAUGCCGGAUGACCAAGGUGGGUGGCCAACUAUUUCAGCCAGUCCUAUUGCUUUUGGAGGCGAUGUAUGGAAAGUGCCCAAAGAGGCCACACUUGAGGACAUAGAAGUACUGCAACAGGCGUUUGUGUCGGCGGCCGUCCGGUCUGUUAAGGCAGGCUUUGAGGUGAUUGAACUGCACUACGCUCAUGGAUAUUUAGUAAACAUGUUUUUAUCGCCGGCCAGUAAUCAACGCACCGACAGAUACGGCGGUUCACUAGAAAACCGAAUGCGUUUCGGUUUAGAGACGGCCCGUCGGGUGCGAGAAGUGAUCCCCAAAUCAAUGCCACUGUUUGUGAGGAUUUCGGUCACGGAUUACGCGGACAACGGAUGGGAUGUCAACGACAGCGUAGAGUUUGCCAAACAGUUAAAGGCUGUGGGCGUCGAUGUCGUCGACUGUAGCUCCGGGGGUGUCGUCGACGGUAUUAAUUACGGGUCUUUUAUUACACCUGACGUACAGCACAAGGCCUCGGCUCAAAUCCAACGCGAGGCCGAUAUUCCUACUACAGCUGUCUGUAAAAUCAUUGACCCCUUGAAAGCCGAGGGGCUGUUGAAGUCGGACAGCGCAACAUUUAUAUUCAUAGGUCGAGCGAUGCUAAACAACCCUCACUGGCCAUACACUGCCGCUGACCUCUUGGCCACCGAACACACCUUCAAAUAUCCCGAUUCCUAUGACUGGUGUAUCGUGAACGGGGUAACACUCAAAAACCGUAUAGGAGUGUCACCUAUGGUCACGUGGCAAGCCGUGAAUGGUAUACCUAAUGACUUUCACAUAGCUCACUAUGGCCAAUUUGCCCUGGGUGGUGCCGGACUGAUUAUGGUUGAGGCCACUUCAGUGGAGCCCCGGGGCCGCAUCACACCGGCUGACACUGGUAUCUGGAACGAUGUUCAAGUGGACGCGUGGCGGCGUAUCACCAAGCUUAUUAAAUCGCAGGGUUCAGUACCAGCUAUACAACUGGCCCACGCGGGUCGUAAAGCUAGUACACCUGUAAUGUGGUCCAACUCUAACAAGCGAUCAUUGCCGGAUGAUCAGGGUGGUUGGCCCACCAUAGCCCCCAGUGCUAUAGCAUUUGGAGGUGAUAUUGAUAAAGUGCCCAAAGAGGCAACACUUGAGGACAUAGAAGUACUGCAACAGGCGUUUGUGUCGGCGGCCGUCCGCUCUGUUAAGGCAGGCUUUGAGAUAAUUGAAUUACAUUACGCCCAUGGUUAUCUGGGAAGCACAUGGCUGUCUCCUAAGUCUAAUCAACGGACUGAUAACUACGGCGGUUCACUCGAGAACCGAAUGCGCUUCGGCUUAGAGACGGCCCGUCGGGUGCGGGAAGUGAUCCCCAAAUCAAUGCCACUGUUUGUGAGGAUUUCGGUCACGGAUUACGCGGACAACGGAUGGGAUGUCAACGACAGC